AUGUCUAGACGUCUAAAAUUCAUGAGCUUCAACGUAAGGUCAAUUCAGUCUGGUUUUCUAACUUUGAAGGAGUAUGUUGUUGACUGUGCUGUCGAUGUCCUGGGUCUCAGUGAGACUUGGCUAACCCCAGAUAUUGAUUCCUCCUCAGUAUUUAUCAACGACUUCAAUGUCGUUAGAGCAGAUCGAAAUAGCAGAGGCGGGGGCGUCGCGUUUUAUGUGAGAAAUGGUAUUGCCUUCAAAAUAUUGCACUCUAAUAUCACCGCAGUAUUGGAAGAACUUUGGAUCUCUGUAAAAGUUAAUCAACGCAAAUAUUGUCUAGCUAUAGUCUACCGUCCACCAUCGGCAAACGUGCUUGACUGUUUUCAUCAAUUAACUGAGUCUUUAACCAACCUUUCACUCGAUAAUGAUUACGCAGUUGUCAUGGGCGACUUUAAUAUUAAUGUUUUAGUGAACGACGGCCGAUCCGAGAUGCUGAACUGUUUUCUUGAGUCUUUUGAUCUGUCUCAGUUAGUCAAAGAGCCCACACGUAUAACUUCCAAUAGCCAGACAGCUAUAGACUUGCUCAUGGUUAGCUCUGCUGAUAUAAUAAGUGGUUAUGAAGUUGUUGACGUAGAUGGAAUAUCUGACCAUCUAGCCCUAAUAUUUUAUGUAGAUGCAUCGGAGAUAAGCAACCUAUGUAAACUGAGGACAUAUCGGAAAUUCGUUCUGCUAGAGAAUUAUGCACCAUAUGCAAAACUCGUCACAGAAAUGAAUAGGUCCACGCGUUCCUUAAGAUCGAUAGUGAAACAAGGAUACAUUGAAAUUAAGAAACUACGUAUGCAAGAAAAAUUGAAUGAACGAAAUUUGCAGCUUCAGGGGAGAGAGAAAGAAUUAGCAGAAAUUAUUUCUGAUAUAAAAGCGUUUACCAAAAAGCUUGAGUUUUGGGAACAAAACUUAAUCGAUGGUGAUACCAGGCAUUUUCCUGUUCUUUCAGAAAAGAUAUCACAAAGUGCAUCAGAAACAUAUGACAGUAAAUAUCAUGUAGAAAUAGAAGGAUAA